GGUCAGGCACAAGUUUAUUAGCUUUAUCGUUUAUGUUCCGACUCACAGCAGCUGCUUUUUGUUUUCAGUGACUGGAUGGAUGGAUGCCUGGUUUAGCUCAUGUACUGUACCUUCUGCUAACUCUUUAUUUGGACUCUUCUCAUUUACGUAGCUGUGGGUUCAUACAUGGCACAAGACUUUUCGGCUGUGUUUGUGUUAUGAGCGACGGUUGGAAAUAAUUGCUAAACCCUAUUGAUAUGGCUUUUUUAAAGCCUGAUCGCGCAGAGACGGUAGCAAGAAAAGAAUCUUCCGGAUUUCUUAACUUGAAAUAUCUUCUACGGUAGUCACUUGUUUGUAGACACUAUCUGAAAACGUCCCAUAAGACUGGCUAGUUUUCUUGCGUUACCUUCAAAUUAUUAGAGCUGUUUAAGUUAAAACACACGGACAGCUCUCUAUACUCUGUCAUUGUUUGGGUAACUGCGGUUUCGUCGUUCUGUUCGGGAAGCGUUUGUUUCAGCGAGCGUUACAUUGCAAAAAUCAAAGAGAAGACCGCAUACUAAUUAUAGAUGAGGUGGCCUCGGCUAUAAUUGGUAUCUUCUAUGAAGUGACCCUGUACUCGUUGACAAAACAAAGGCAUUUUAAAAAUCUAAGUAAAGCUUGUCCUCUAGCCUGGCUCUAAGGAUUAGUCUGACAUGAGACUACGCAACGCUUUUCAUAUCUCCUUACUUGUCCUUACUUCUCAGUGCGUUUAAAAAAAACAAGACUAGGGCAGCCUGGCUAUAAACCUCAGGCUUAUCAUCUACAGUGUUUACUUACUGCUUCCCUGUAACCUCUCUGCCCUUUCCUCCGUUUAGAACUCGGAAACAAUGUAACCAAACAAGAAGAAAAAAGGUUACAGUAACAGUCGACACUGGCAGAAACUCCGUCUGAGGGAGACUGCACUGUAAUGGCUGUAGGAAAUAUUCAGACAAGGGACAAAUUAAAGGGGGGAAGCUGAAUAAAUAAUAAACAGUUGCUGCAGAUUUUUCUGCUCGAGUAGAUUUGGGUAGUUAGGAUACAGUACCACAAAGGCUGAGCAUGCCACAUGAGUUUGUCUCAAACUUUAACAGAUUGCUCAGCGGGCUUGUGUUUGAAAUGAGGUUUUUGCAUUUAAAUACAUCAGUACAAAUAAAUUGUCUGUAGCUAAAACAAUUAGUUAUAGUCACAUUUCACUGAGUGGGUUGACUGAAAAAAUAAAGGGCUUUAUGCUGUGGCCUUCAGUCACCGGAUCUCAACCCAAAUGGGAUUUCUUACAGUGUUUAACAGCUGUUUCCUUCACCAUCACCAAAAUGCCAAAUCAACACUUAUCUGCUGGAGGAGUGGUGUUCAUCCUUUUGUGCCACAUUCUAGUACUAAAUACCUGUAGCCAAACUGAACUGUGUUUUUACUGUGAUCAAGUAGAACUAGACCACUGACAAUUAAUAUCUUAAAAAACAUUAACAUUAGAAAGAAAAUUUGUCAGGGUCAGUCAGCACUCUGUGUCAUCACUGUUUCACAUACCCCCCACAGAAAACUUUCACCAAGUUCCAGCACUGGUAAAAGAUGAGAUAAAAUGAGAAAUGUACUGAAUGGGACAAUUUUGUUUCUUGUCCUGAACUGUAAGUGGUUCUCAAUGUGCAUCUCUAUAGAAUAUGUUAAAGGGCUUUUGCAGCUUAAGGCACAGGGUUAUUUACAGCAGAGCAACAGUGUUCAGUAAACUGUAUCUGAUACAUACAAAGUGUAUAUAUGAGACUCUAAGUUACAACAACACACUCAGUUCCGUGUAACCUGUGUCCAAGCCUUCUGAAUCAUUAACUAUUGGCUGAAUUAUUUACAGUUGUACUGCGUCACACACCAGCAUAAUGGAUGGAAUAUCACGUAUGUGUUUGUGAUAGGAAAUGCGGAUUCAUUCGAAGAAGAAGAAUAUUGUUGUGGCAGUGCUGCUUGUCAUUGGGGGAUUAUACUUCAUUAACCAUUCGGACUUCCUCCUGGCUGUCUUUGCAAGGUCACCUGAAAUAGUUCUUAAUGAGUUAACAUGGCAAGCAGACAGGCCAGUUAGUUUGGAGUCCUGGAUUGAUCAGGCAGAUUAUCUGAGUUUCAAUGUGUCCUAUCAGCUGCUUGCUGGAGUGCUGCCUACUCAACAGAAGUAUUUAUCUGUUGGAUUAUCCUCAGUAAAGAGGAAGAAAGGCAGCUAUCUGGUCCCCACAUUGAAAUCCAUCUUCUCCCAGUCGUCUCCUGAGGAGCACUCCUCCAUGGUGGUGGUAGUGCUGCUAGCAUAUUUCGACGUCAGCUGGAGAGUCGACACUGUGAAGGAGAUCAAAUCGGCUUUUGCCUCUGAGUUGGAACAAGGCCACCUUUUGGUCAUCCAUGUUCCCCAGGACUGGUACCCUCCGAUUACAGGUCUGAAGAGGAAUUUCAACGAUGCUCCAGAGAGGGUAACGUUCCGCUCCAAGCAGAACCUGGAUUAUUCCUUCCUGAUCCACUACUGUGCAGGUCUUGGACGGUAUUACCUCCAGCUAGAGGAUGAUGUGUUCUCUGCAAAAAACUUCCUCACAACCAUUAAAAAGCGAGUUGAGGAGCAAGAAGGAAAGAAGUUCACCUGGGCAACGUUGGAAUUCUCUGCCCUCGGCUAUAUUGGUAAACUCUACAAAUCAGCCCAUCUUCCUCUUCUGGCUCGCUUCCUCUUCAUCUUUUACCAGGAAAUGCCCUGUGACUGGCUGAUGACUCACUUCCGAGAGGUGAUGACUCAAAAGGAGACCAUCCUUUUCAAACCCUCGCUGUUUCAACACAUGGGAACUUUCUCCUCAUUUCAAGGCACAUACAAUAAGCUGAAAGACAAGGAUUUUGAGGAGGAUGUCUAUACCAAUCCAUCAGCUGAAGUUUACUCUGACAUGUCCACCUAUCAGAAGCACUUCCCCAAGCUGGCCUGGGAUGCUGGCGAAGGAUUCUUCUGGGGCCGCACCCCAGAAAAAGGAAAUUACCUGACUGUAGUGUUUACUGAACCUACUGUGGUGACAGGGAUAUUUGUAGAAACAGGGUCAGGAGGCAAAGACAUUCUGGAGUCAGGUGAGGUGGAGAUGGGUCACAAUGUGGUGGCCACAGACAAAGAGAAGAGUUGUACAGAAUUUGAGUCCGUGGGAGCAUUUGAGAAUGGAAAGUUUAAAAUGCAGGAGAUGGAUAAAAAGUACAGCUCAGCCUCUUCGUGUCUGAAGAUAAAGGUCACAGCUACUCAGAAGGACUGGUUGAUCAUUACGAAAAUCAGAAUCACCACAAAGCUGACUGUACCUCAUCAAUAGACGUACAUGUUAGUUUUUCCUGGCCGAUUUAAAAACAAUUUUGAUCAAAAUCUGACAAACUGAACUUGGGACUUGUGUGCCUUGUUAAAAUGUUUUAUUUAUCAUACAUCAACUAAGUGCUCUAAGCAAAUUGUCACUUUGAAGCAAGUUUGACCAAACUUUGUGAUGACAUGUUGUCUCUUCACAGAAUCAAAGAGCUAUAAGCAGACAACCAACUCCAUGUGUUGUAUGUAUGUAUGUAUUGUUAAUGCAUUUGGGUAAUUGCAUUGUGUGUGAAACUGCACUCAUCAUUAACUCAUUGUUUUAAAAUGAAGACGAGAGAAAACCCAUGUGCUUAUUAUGAAACCUAUUGAUUGUAGGUUGAAACCUACAGUCAAUUGUUUGUCUCCCCUCACCAGUAUCAGGCCUGCUAUGGCCUUUCGCACCAGCAGCCUGAUUCAAACCUCAGGCCAGAUCUAUAAAUAGUGUACGUCUGUCACAUGUUACAACAACUACACAGAGGGGAUAAAAGACGCCGGGUCCCAUUUGCAGUCUGAUCUUUCUGUCUUUCUUUCUUUUCUUUUUUUUAAUAGGAAUUUUUGCUUUCUUAAAUACCUCAGCUCCUUUUUCCAAUAAGUACAUAUGUUUUUAUUUAAUUCCGGGGGGUGCACUAUAAAGGGUAAUGGGUUAACAAGGUAUGUUGAGUUUUCAAUAUCACAAAAGCAGUACACUGGGUUCUUUCUGUUGGCUCACACGAUUAAAAGUCUGGGUUCAAAUGUGCCAACUGAAAGUUUUAUUUGGAGUAUACAUGUUCUCCUUGUGUCUGUGUAGGUUCUCUUUGGGCACCGUAGCUUCCUCCUACAGUCCAAAGACAUGCACGUUAGGUUAACUUUUGGUUGUAAAUUUUCUGCAGGUGUGAAUGUGAGCAUGAGUCAUCGACCAUUUUUCUGUUGGUCUUGUGAUGGACUGGUAACCAGCUCAGGUGACUCUUGGCUUCAGGCUCCCAUGCCCAAAUCUAAAUCUGAUAAACAGUUAAGAGGAUGGAUGGAUCCCUUGACUAGAUUAAAUUUUUAUUGCACAUCUAACUUGCUUCAGACCAGUUUACACUCUUUUGCAUUAAACUGGGCUGAUAAAAGCAUGCCAAAGUAUCCUUGGGUAAGAUACUGAAUCCUGAUGUAUUCAUCUGAUUGUGAGUGUGUGUGAAUGUUACAUAGAAAGCGCUUGAACACUGAUGUAUAAUUGGGUGAAUGAGACAUCUUGUAUAAAGUGCUCGAGUAGAUAAAUGCUACAUAAGAACUAGUCCUUUUACCUUUUCUGCAUGCAGAGUUAGCCACUGUGGCAACCUGUUGUGAAUAACAGAGCAGACAAAAGUAGCUCUUUCUCUCUGAGAGAAAGUGUCCAUCCAUUAGCCACCUGUUGAACAGCAUGUUUUUAACACAGCCCAACAAAGAUAUGCACUGAAGACACAAAGGUAUGUCUUUCCACUGAAACCUGCAUUCAUUCAGCUAAUUAGACAAAUCUGUUCCACUUUUAGAAUAUAUAACAGAUAAUAAUCAGUGAGAUUAAUUUCACUUUAAUUUGGCUAAAAACUAAAUUUCUGCAUCUACUUCUUUGUAGGGCAGUAAUUAAGGUUUAUAGUGUAAAAAGUAGAUUUAAAAAUAUUCUGUGAGAAUGCCCCUCUUGCCUUUUUUUUUUUUUUUGGCACUGCCAAUUUUCCUUUCAUGGUCACAUGCCCUGCUUCUGGAUUGAAUUAUGAAGUAUCCAAUCAAUCCAUUUCAUGUAAUAAAUGAACACAUACCCCAUCUUCUGGGAGCACCCACAGAUUCCAAAUUAAUACAGUCUGGAUUAACAAAGAAAGAGGACAAACACCACAGUAUUUGCCAAAAACUCUGACGUCAGCCGUUCAUGGUUUGAUAUAGUGGGAGACGAAAAUGGACUGCUUACAAUUUUCCAAUGUUUAGCUUUAUAAAACAGAGCCCAGUGUAUACAAAGCUUUACAAAUGUGACAAACUAAAGCGGCAAAAUGCUGCUGAACCUAUCACUAACCAACAGCGUGUGUGAGAGAACAAUGCAUUUUAUUCUUCUCCAUCAUUCAGUAAUGCUGGAACUCAUUACACUGGUCAGCUGACGGAACAAUAAGAGAUUCUUGAUUGGCAAACUUGACAAAAAAAUUUCAGAUUAGAGGUAAAAGGCACAGGAGAAGUGAAGGGCUGAUAUAGUGGGCAGUUUGAGUGCAAUCAGUAAAAUUUGAGGCAACACCAAUAACAUUUCCUUGUAUUACCAUUUUUUUCCUUUCCAUAAUUCACAUGCUGAAAAUGGAUUCAUUACAACUGGUCAACUCUACUAUUGUUCAGGUGUAUUUAUUUUUCUAGGUUUCUGUCAUUUUCUGAUGCACUGAGAAAUAAAGGACUGUUCACAGGU